GAAGCCACCAAAGGUCAGUUAGUGUUUUCAUUUUCAGAUCAUAAACGGUCUCAGAAGCAUAUGUUUGAUUCAUUUUCCACUAGAGGUUCGGACCAUCUGAGAGAUGUCUUCGGCCACAUGGGUCUUCGUGAUAAAGACAUUGUUGCCUUGUCUGGUGGUCACACCCUGGUGCCACAAGGAGCGUUCUGGAUUUGGAGGGAACUUCUCAGUGGAGAGAAAGAAGGCCUUAUCCAGCUACCAACAGACAAAGCUCUUCUUGAGGAUCCUGUCUUCCGCCCUCUUGUUGAGAAAUAUGCUGCAGAUGAGGAUGCAUUUUUUGCCGAUUAUGCUGAGUCUUAUUUGAAGCUCUCAGAGCUAGGAUUUGCAGAUGCUGACUAAGGUAGAAAUGAUGUGUUAUGCUGGAAGUGCAGAGUUGGUGUGGAUUGUGAUGUGUUAUGCUACCUUUGUGAAUUGACUGUAGAUGUAAUACAAUGAUAAGUAUGGG